UGAGAAAAUCGUGUGUAAGCCGAGCAAGCAUGACAGCGACAAACUAGCACAGAGUUCCAGCGAACGACCUGAACAGGACACAAGAUCAAGCAACGGGGUUAGCAGUCUCUUAAAAAACGACCUUUUGUAUCUGGUCAUCGUACAGCAUCCCUCCUUAUCUGCUAGUACCUGAACAUGACGAUCAUUUAGCCUCUCUUGGACCAAUUGAUGCAGCUUCCAUUCUAUUCGAAUCGGCAUGCUGCGCACGUGCAUGCUUUUCACCUUCACCCAACUUUCUGCCUUCACACUUGUUUCCAUUGGCUUAGCCCCGGCUUCUGGAUCACUGCAAGCAAUUUACCUCUCCAUCUCCGACACUUUAGCCACCACAGCUAGACUCCUUGUUCAACCAUGCAGUUCUUCUGGAUAUUCUUCCUCACCGCGCUCGGCAUGGUCGCACCUCUUGUCAAUGACUAUGACCCUUUGCUUGGAUGGAAGGUACUUGCGCCGAUACCUGAUACAGGCACAGGCGAUGAGUAUGGUAGCUCCGAAUUCCCAGUCACUCUCCCUGACGACGAGACAUGGUACAAUCUCUGGUGCAAGGGCGAAAAUUUGCUCAAGGCAAUGCACGGCAGCAAUGACGACGCUGGCAAGCUAUUCAAACCACCCAGUGACACAGCUGAGAGCAGAUGGAUCAACUACGAUGACCUAAAUACAUGGCACUGGAACACCGAGAAUGAUCCUGAUCUGACCCAUGUCAACUUUCUCCUCGAUAACGAUGACAUGGACUAUUUUCCUGGUCUGGGUCUCGGCAGUGCACUCAGAGAUCUUGAUCUUCCUACUCACCAAAGCGACGACCCCAAGAAGGGCAUUCAGAUCAUCUUUGCCAUGCAUCUCGAUCGCACAGUCGGAACCGACGGCCAAACUUACAAAGUAGGCGAGAAGACCUAUCGUGCCACUGGCGGCUAUUAUAAGUUCGGCAUCGAGACCUCGACUGGCGCUAUCUUUGGGCUCGACAGAUUUGCUCCUGAGGCAGCAGGCAAAGGGAUUGAGCCACCCAUCACUAAAGAAGGAAUGCCUCUGCUUCAGCGAUUCUCAGACAUAGCUUGGCUGUACUGGGCGCAGACGGCUACUAACAAAAACAAGAUCGAGUACUUUUUCAACGUCGCCGUAACCAACGACAAGACGCAAAUGGCGAUCCGUCGGGCUCUCAAGAGUACAAACCAGCAGUUUGCGCCUUGGCCGGGUGCGAUCUUCAGCACUGAUUCAUACGAGGGCAAGGUGCUUCUAGGUUCGCCAAAUGGCCGCGCAUAUGGCUACUUCCUAGCCCAGCACAAGGCAGCCCUUGGUGGGAACAUGUACAUAUCCGAGAUCCGGGUUUUCAGCAGCGACACUAGACCAUUCCUGCCGAACAUGAUCAUGCGUGUUCAACAACCGAGGCCACUCGAGAACAGCUCGGACGCAAAGCGAACCUCACAAGAAGCAAAAGCAAGAUUGUGAGACAGCUUCGUAAUGCUUAUAUAAAUGUGCAAGCAUACACACGCUAGUUCCUGAGAAGCGAAAGCAAUAUCAGCGUUAUGGGACACAGGUCAAUGGCAAGAUGUGCAAAGUGACAUACCAAAGAAUGGAUAGAUUGCUGAACCCCGCAUCCAUCAGACACUGUGCUAUAAUAAAGUAGGCAGAACGCCAGAUUAAGGGUUCAUAACUUCACGUCGUGCACGCACAACGUGUAUCAGCGUGAACGAGUAUACGUAGCCAU